CUUGGGUUACUGGUCACUGCCCCUCUUCCUGCUCUUUCUUUCUUUCUCUCAGAAAGAGAGAGAUGGCUCAACUUGAGUCUUCAGGUCUCUCUUUAUUAUUCACUAUCUUUUCUGGCCUAUAAUGAAACAAGAUUUGAAUCUGAUCUUCUUCUUUGAAGAGGAUGGCAAAACAUUAUCUUCACUCAACUGCACUUCAAGAACCUCAAUAUCAACCCAGCCUUACGUUUGUUAAUGAUGCUCUCUACUGCUCUGAGGAGAACUGGGAGGAAGAAAUUAGAGAUGACUAUUUUCCACAAGUAGAAGUAGAAGUAGAAGAAGAAGAAGAAGAAGAAGAAGAAGGAGGUACCUGUUUUUGUAACAAUAACAAUAACAAUAAUAAGAAACAACAGUGUUCUGCAGUGUUAUUAGAACGAGACUUAUAUUGGGAAGAUGAGGAACUUUCCUCUCUGCUUGCCAAACAAGAGCCAAAUCAACUGUACGAUAACCUACAAGCCAAACCAUCUUUAGUUGAAGCUCGACGUCAAGCUGUAGAGUGGAUGCUUAAAGUCAAUGCACACUACUCCUUCACUGCUCUAACCGCAGUUUUGGCUGUCAACUAUCUCGAUAGAUUCCUAUUUAGCUUUCACCUUCAAACAGAGAAGCCAUGGAUGACCCAACUCGCCGCCGUCGCUUGUCUGUCCCUUGCCGCCAAGGUAGAAGAGACCGAGGUGCCUCUUCUAUUGGACCUCCAGGUGGAGGACAGUAAAUAUGUGUUUGAGGCCAAAACUAUUCAGAGAAUGGAGAUUUUGGUGCUCUCUACUCUCCGAUGGAGAAUGAAUCCUGUAACUCCAUUAUCAUUUCUGGAUUACAUGACAAGGAGGCUUGGGUUGAAGGAAUAUUUCUGCCGGGAAUUUCUUAGGAGGUGUGAGCGCAUAGUUCUGUCAAUAAUCUCAGAUUCUUGGUCCAUAUGUUAUCUUCCUUCUGUAAUUGCUACUGCUACAAUGCUGCAUGUAAUUACUGGUGUAGAACCCUGUCUUAAAGCUGAAUACGAGAGCCAGCUUUUAGUUGUACUUGGAAUCGACAAGGACAAGGUAGAUAAUUGCAGUGAGCUAAUAAUGGAAUUGGCAUCCAGAGGCCAUGGCAUCAGCAUCAGCCAAUCAAAUAAACGUAAGUACGACUCCAUUCCAGGCAGCCCAAACGGCGUAAUUGAUGUGUCGUUUAGCUCAGAUAGCUCAAACGAUUCAUGGGCAGUGACACCAUCCGUUUCUUCUUCACCAGAGCCUCUGUCCAAGAAAAGCAGAGCACUGCAGAGCUUAAAGCAUGCAACUGCAGAUUUUCUAAGCAUUUCUCGCUAAUUCCUAAUUGCAUUCCUUUUUCUUUCUCUUUUCAUGGACUAGCUUUGUAUGGUUAAGUAAGUCUUAUCAUCGUUUUCAUUAUGUUCAAAGUUAAACUGCCUACAACCUCUGUUUCUCUUCUCUUUGAGGGAUUUGAAAGCAGAGAUAGUUGGCAUUUUAUCCGGAAAUAAAGGCCAUAAACAAAGCGAUGGAGACAGGAGAGUCCUCUCCCUCCCACUUCACUUCUCUA